GGGCCGCAGUCACUUCCUGCCCCUGUGCCCAUCCGGCCUCCGGGGUCAGCGGCCGCCGCUCUGGCGGGACAGGGGAGAAUAAAGUUUUAUUCGGGGAGGGGGAAGCCGGCCGUCCUCUCCCAGAAGCGAGCUGCUGGAUGUAGAAGGAAAGUAGGUCGUGCGCACGGAAAAUGCCUCUAAGGGACAAGUGUUGUCAGACUGACCACCAUCACCAUGGGUGCUGCGAACCAGUGCAUCUCUUGGAACCUGGUGAUCCUCCCUUAUUACAGCAGCCUCUGCAAACAUCAAAAUCUGGUAUUCAACAAAUCAUUGAGUGUUUUCGAUCAGGAACUAAACAACUUAAACAUAUCUUAUUAAAAGACGUGGACACCAUUUUUGAGUGUAAAUUAUGCCGAAGUCUCUUCAGAGGAUUACCAAAUUUAAUUACUCAUAAAAAGUUCUAUUGUCCUCCAAGUCUCCAGAUGGAUGAUAACCUCCCAGAUAUAAAUGAUAAACAGAGUCAAGCCAUAAAUGACCUCCUGGAAGCAAUCUAUCCAAGGGUAGAUAAGCAAGAAUAUGUAAUUAAAUUGGAACCUAUAGAAACUAAUCAGAAUGCUGUAUUUCAAUAUGUUUCAAGGACUGAUAGCCCAGAUGAGAACAUAGAAAGUAGUAGUACCCCUGAUCAAGUUCCAGUACAGAUACAGGAGCCCAGCACUGAGCAACCCAAGACUGUUUCAGCUCCAGCCCCAGUCCCAGCUGGGGAGACUGUAGAAUUGCCUCCUGCUGAUCCCGUUACAAACAAGGUAAUACCUACUCCUGAAGAACAGCCUCCAGCAGUAAAUCCUGAGUUGGACUCUCUGGAUAAUUCUGAUUUUGGCCACCAGUUGAUAUGCUGCCUUUGUAGGAAAGAAUUUCAUUCCAGACGCAGUGUACGCCGGCACAUUCGAAAAGUACACAAAAAAAAGAUGGAAGAGCUAAAGAAGUAUAUAGAAACAAAAAAGAAACCAAAUCAGUGCUCUGCGAAAGGACGAAAUAAGAAUGUUCUUGUAACAUUAGGUAGAAGUUGUCCUGUAUGUUAUAAAUCAUUUGCUACAAAAGCCAACGUAAGGAGGCAUUUUGAUGAAGUUCAUAGAGGAUUAAGAAGGGAUUCCAUUACUCCUGAUAUAGCUACAAAGCCUGGGCAACCUUUGUUCUUGGAUACAGUUUCUGCUAAAAAAUCUUUUAAGACCCGAAAACAAAAGUCGUCUUCAAAGGCUGAAUACAAUUUAACUGCAUGCAAAUGCCUUCUGUGCAAGAGGAAAUAUAGUUCACAAAUAAUGCUGAAAAGGCACAUGCAAAUUGUUCACAAGAUAACUCUUUCUGGAAAGAACUCUAAAAGAGAGAAAGGACCCAACAAUACUGCCAAUGGCACAGAAAUAAAAGUAAAAGUUGAACCAGCAGAUUCUGUAGAACCUUCACCCCCUUCCAUUGCCCUUUCUCCACAGAAUGAAUUAAAGGGAACAAAUCAUUCAAAUGAGAAAAAGAGCACACCGUCAGCACAGAAAAAUAAAGUUAAACAGGACCCUGAAAACCCUAAAUCAACUUCUAAAUCAACCACUAAAUCAACCUGUAAAUCAGCCUCUAAAUCAACCUCUAAAUCAACCAAUGCAUCUGCUGCAGGUGGCCAGCAAAAAACCAGGAAGCCAAAACUUUCAGCUGGCUUUGACUUCAAGCAGCUUUACUGUAAACUCUGUAAACGCCAAUUUACUUCUAAACAGAACUUGACAAAACACAUUGAAUUACACACAGAUGGAAAUAACAUUUAUGUUAAAUACUACAGGUGUCCACUCUGCUCUUACGAAACGCGUCGCAAACGUGAUGUGAUAAGGCAUAUAACUGUAGUUCAUAAAAAGUCACCACGCUACCUUGGGAAAAUAACUGCAAGUUUAGAAAUUAGAGCAAUAAAAAAGCCAAUUGAUCUUGUUCUAAAUAAGGUGACAAAAAGAGGCCCUCAGAGGGAUGAAACAAAACAGAUUGGUUCAAAACAGGAUGUCACCUCUAAUUCUCCCAAUAAAAAGUAUGAAGGAGCUGAUGUUGGCAUUGAAGUAAAAGUAACAAAAAACUUUUCUCUGCACCGAUGCAAUAAAUGUGGGAAAGCGUUUGCUAGAAAAGCUUUCCUAGAACAUCAUAAGAAAACCCACAAAGCAAAUGUAUCUCAUUCACCUGAAGAAAAUAAAACCAAAGGCAGAAGUACAAGAUCUAAAGCUGUUGUCUGCUAAUCCUUGUGGUUUCUGCUGUCUGUUCUGGAUAAGUGUGCAGUCUACAUCUUGAAAUAUGUGAAGGUGAAGUUACUCCUAUUUCAAAGGUAAGCUUUCUUCUAAAGGAUCUCCAGUUCUGCAUCCAUGUAGAUAAACAGAGCUACAAAACUGUUUUGUUCUACUUGAAGCUUUGGGUAGCAUAUUUCUUCUUAAAGAUGUGGCUUAAUAAUUCACAAUUGCCACAACUUGGUUGUGUGUGGGUUUUGUGGGGUUUUUUGUGUAUCUUUCCAUGAGGUUAAAUCUACUUGGUAGUUCUUUUGAAGCACAAGUCUCCUUUUCAUUCUGACUUGUGGAAUAGCUUUGUUUUCUCUUUUUCCAAUAAUCAAAAUAAAUUAUUUGAUUAUGAUGGACUUGUUCAAUUUAGUGAUUUAUUUUUUUUUUAGUCUUUCCAUGCAACCAUCUUGAAUGGGAGGAAACAAAAAUUUGAAGGGAGAAGGAUUGCUAAUUCUUGCUUUUAAUUCACACAAUAUGUAUUUUUUGAAAAAUCCUGAAAAGCUGUAAUAAAGCUUUGAAUAUAGUCAGGAUCCAUAUGGGCACUUAUUUGUGGGGUUACACAUUAAUGUCUCUGGAUAUGAAUUUUUAGUUAAGAUGCAGUCUUGCAUCAUUGAUAAAGCACAUUGGUCUGGUUUGUUUUGCUUGGACUAGCCAAAGACAAAUGUGAAUUCUUUAGUGGCCCUUCGAAUUAAGGUUGUGUCUUGUUAAAAGACAUUUUUAUUCAGAAUGAAUGUGAGAUACCUUACGGAAAACUUUGAGGAUGAUCUAAGCAUUCUGUAUGGAAGCCUGUCUGAUUUUUUUUUUUUUUUUUUUUUUUUUUAAGUGAUACAUAUCUUCUAAUACUAAGGCUUUGAGGGGCUGGCUUUAAUUGAUGUGAAAUCUUGCAUAAACAAGUGAAACUCACUUAUACUGGAGGUGCUGGCUUCUGUCUCAGACUCACCUGUUUUUAGUUAAUCAUCUCUCAGCUGAGGGUG